AUGAGCUGCCACACUGGAAACGCGGGUGGCAUCUUGGAGGUGACUGCCACGGCGGAGGUCCACACAGUGUUGACCUGUCCCCCCAGGAAGCUGCACUGCACCAGGAACCACAUCCACCUGAACCUCUUCCUCUCCUUCAUCCUGAGGGCCAUCUCAGUGCUGGUCAAAGACGACGUCCUCUACUCCAGCUCGGGCACGCUGCACUGCCCCGACCAGCCAUCCUCCUGGGUCGGCUGCAAGCUGAGCCUGGUCUUCUUCCAAUACUGCAUCAUGGCGAACUUCUACUGGCUGCUGGUGGAGGGACUCUACCUCCACACCCUGCUGGUGGCCAUAUUCUCCCCCAACAGAUGCUUCCUGGCCUACCUCCUGAUUGGAUGGGGCAUCCCCACCCUCUGCACAGCAGCAUGGACUGCAGCCAGGUUCUAUCUGGAAGACACAGGCUGCUGGGAUACAAACGACCACAGUGUUCCCUGGUGGGUUAUACGAAUACCGAUUUUAAUCUCUAUUAUAGUCAAUUUUGUCCUUUUUGUUAGUAUCAUACGAAUCUUACUGCAGAAGUUGACAUCCCCAGACGUCGGCGGCAAUGACCAGUCACAGUACAAGCGGCUCGCCAAGUCCACCCUGCUGCUCAUCCCGCUGUUCGGGGUCCACUACAUGGUGUUUGCCGUGUUCCCCAUCGGCAUCUCCUCCAAGUAUCAGAUCCUGUUUGAGCUGUGCGUCGGGUCGUUUCAGGGCCUGGUGGUGGCCGUUCUCUACUGUUUCCUCAACAGCGAAGUGCAGAGCGAGCUGAAAAGAAAAUGGCGAAGCCUGUGCCCAACCCAGUCCCACAGCCGGGACUACAGGCUCCACAGCUUGUCCAUCUCCAGGAACGGCUCAGAGAGCGCCCUGCAGUUCCCCCGGGGCUCCCGUGCCCAGUCCUUCCUGCAGACGGAGACCUCGGUCAUCUAGCCGCGUGCACAGCCACUGUCGAUGGGCGCAGCAGGACACUGCAGGGCGCUUGGAGUCCACGGCGCCUGCUGCACCUGCCCCGCCCCGGUUGCAUCCAUCAGCGCCGUCUGGACUUCAUCUAGCCGGUGACAACCCCACAUGUGGAUCGUGUGGAACAGGCUCACGUUGUAAUUGACUGGACUUAAAUGCUA